AAUUGGGGGUGGGGGCCGGAGCUGUCCGGAGAUGCCGCAGGGGGAGGGUUCUCACGCCGCACGGGGCGGAGCCCUGGGACUCGGGGCGGGACGUGGAACCGGGACGGGUGGGACCUCCGAGCUGGUGCCAGUGGAAGGCGGAGCCUGGCGGCAGGGGGCGGAGCUAGGAAGGUCGGGGGACGGAGCCUGGCUCUUGAAGGAGGAGCUGGAGGAGGUGAAAGGCGGAGCCUCGGGGUCGGAAGCAGAGGGGGACGGAGCGCAGGCGCUGGGGGCGGGGCUUCAGCCGGUGAGUGGCGUGGCUCCGGCUCCGGAAAAAGGGUCUAGUUCUGUCGAAGGCGGGGUUGCAGGCACAGGGGCGGCACCGCAUCCUUCGAAGGGCGGUGCCAAGGAGUCAAGGGAGGAGCCUGGCCCGAGUAAUGGCCCCGGGCGUCCUCGCGGGGGUGGUCUCCGUGGUGGCCGGGCUUGGGGACGCGGUAGGCCGAGAACUCCACCGGGAGAGGUGGUGUGGGUGGAGCGGGCUCGGCGGCCAGCAGACACAGGGCCAGUCUGGGUGCCCCGGAGACCCCCAAGGGCUCAGAGUUGGGGCGGCGCCCCGGGCGGAGGCACAGGACCAGGCUGGGGGAUAUCUCCCGAGGACCCGGGCUCCUCGGAGCCACCCAGCGGGGAUGUGUGGGUGCCUCGGGGCCGGCCCCCGGCAGCGGCCGCAGAGGUGUUGGUGUGCUGGGCCGGGGGCAGCUGGGUGUGGCGUGAGUGGGACCGCCCAGUCGGGGCAACUGCAGUGCAGCCAGAUAGGGUCUGGACUUUACGCAAAGGGACAGGCGGGAACUGAAGAGCGGAGGUGGGGACCGGGAGGGAGGGAAGGUAU